GCUGUUUGUGUCAUUACACGGGACCAGUGAGGGAUGGCUGCAGCCCGCUGGGAGAAGCACAAUCAGCCCGGCCAAGCCUCCCGCGGCAUCCUGACAGCCUCCAACCUCCUCCAGCCUGUGCAACAGCCUCUGUUCUGCCUCCUUGCAGCCCAGUGACCUCCAAGACCCCUCCAGCCUGUGCAGGAGUCUUGAAUCAUCCAGCAUCAAGUGGGACCGCCUCAAAUCCUGCUCCAGACAGGGCAAGCCUCUUGGAUCCAUCAUAACAGCCUUCAAUCCCUCUUGAGUCUGUGCAACAACCUCGAACCCCAUAGUGCCCACCACAGCAGCUUGCAGUCCGCCUUCAACGGGUGCAACAGCCUUGAAUCCGCCAGCGUCCAGCACAACUGUCUCUAGCUUUCCUGAUAGCCUCAAGUCCACCAGCAUCCAGUUUGACCGCCUUGAUCCCACCUAAGCCUGUGCAACAUCUUUGAGUGCUCGUGCUCCACCAUUCAGCGUAAUAGCCUUUUAGCCUUGAAUUCUCUACUCAGUGAGACGACGUAUAUCCUUCCAUCCGGUGCAUUAGCUUCAAAUUCUCUUCAGGCUAGUGCAAUAGCUUCCAGAUUCCUGUCAUUCAUUGCAACAGCCUGUACCACUUCAGCCAACGCUAGUUACACCAUCCAGUGCAAUAAUCUCAAAUACUCAGUCACUGCCUCUGUGACUGCUGUCAUCUCGGAGCCCCCUCCCUGUCACAAAAGAGACAGUUUUCAGUAGCUGCGGCAUCAAAUUUGUCACCUUGCCUUCAGGAAACAAUGGAGGUACGUGUCCCUCGGAGGAGCCCCAGUUACCUCUCUGGUCUGUAUGAGAACAUGCUAAGGGCUGAAGAAACAUUGGGUCCAGGACGGUGGCAGCCGGAGCACCAGCCAUUGCGUGGCAGCUCCAGUCUGAGCACCCCACCCAAGAGGGAGCCACAACCAAGUCAUCUUCAGAGCAGCACAACUAUCAGCUGUGACCCACACCUGCAGCCUAUCAUACGCCGACGAGCCAGGUCUUUGCCCACUUCCCCUGAGAGGUUGAAGAAUACGGCAGCACAAUGCCGUGUUCCUGUGUGCAAGAGAAGCCGCAUAAACCGGGUGAGAUUUGCGGAUGCAUUGGGCUUGGAGCUGGCUGAAGUGAAAGUCUUUCAAGUUGGGGAGGACCCAUCCAUCCCCUUGCAUGUCCUCUCCAGGCUUUCCAUCAACUCGGACCUUUGCUGCAACCAGCUGGAUAUGGAGAUCACCAUGCAGUGCUUGGUGCCUGACUUCCAGCAGCCUGUGGACUGUGUGGACUUCUCCACCCGCCUUCAUCAGCAGCUGGUGUGUCUAGAAUGUGUGACCAGCUCAGACCUAGGGCUCAGUGGCACUAUCCAAGUUCUCAAUGUGGCCUUCGAGAAGCAGGUGUCUGUGCGCUACACCUUCAACCAGUGGAAGAGCGUGCAUGAAGUGUGUGCUCAUUGGCACAGCAGCAAUCCUCAGGAGGAUGGGAAGGGCCAAGCUGAUGUCUUCACUUUCUUUCUCCCCAUGCCUCCUUUCCUCCUGCAGCUGUGCUCUGUAGUCCAGUUUGCAGUGAGAUAUUGUGUCAAUGGGCAGGAGUACUGGGAUAACAACCAAGGUAAGAACUACAGCUUCACCUGCAGGAGUCACCUUCUCAAGAUGCCUAGGGAAUGUGAGGAGAGCUGGAUCCACUUCAUCUGAGCAAGAAGAAGAUAUAUGGAUAUGGAAUGGCUGCAGUGGCCUUUUCUUCCUUGGUGUUCCUCUCUGCUUCUUUGACACCACAGAAAUCCUUCAAGAGGCAAAAAUGUUUCAAAAUGAGAGUAACAAGUGAUCUGUACAAAACAUUUUUGUAAGAGCUUGAGAAAGGAUAAAGGGCCAAAAUCUGCAUGGAUUUACAUCCCAGGAGACUUCAUGGGAUUCAACGAGAUUUCAUAGACAGAAAUCAGGGCAGAACUGGCUCAAAGGAACACUGUCAGGCUAAAUAUAUCAAAGGGAAAAUUAUGUGUUACUAAUAAUACUUUACAUAAACAAAAAAGUUUAAAAUUCCAACUUAUUUGUCACCAUUUUAUACUGUUUAAUUUUUUGCACUUAACUAACUGGAAAAUAGGUUAGCUUUACUUUUUUUGUUAUAGAUUUGUUUGUAGUAUUACACUGGUUCUUGGGCAUAAUUCCAGUGCCGCAAACACUGGGGUGCAAACACUGCAGGGCAAUGUUUAUAUCCAAAUUAUUUGUAUUCCUAUUUAAACACAUAAAAAUAUUUCUAUUGAUAUUUGGUUUUAUAAUUAUUUAACAAAAUCUAACUAUUGAUCUGAAACUACCUGAUGGGGUCCCCAUAAAUAAGGUUUUAACCUGAUUCUUUUUCUUUCUCUUAUUAUUUUUAAUCUCCAGUGCUUGCCAUUGAUACAGUCAGAGUGAUUCUUGCUAAGAUGUGUUUCUUAAGCCAUAAGGCUGGCCUCCUUGGGGAAGGCCUGAUAUUUUCAAGGUGAGGUUCAAGCAGUUCUCUGGAUAAAGUUUUAAAAUAUAAACUUGUUCUUUUCUUGCAUAACUAUUUUCACUAAACAAAACCAGAGCAGUUUUGCACUUUUAAUUGCAUCUUCCACCAGAGGAUCUCAAAGCCCAAUACAAAUGUUAAUGAAAAAAGCCUCACUGCCCCUGUGCGUGAGACAGGUAAUCGUGCCUAUUUACAAAUGGAAACAGACACAAGAGGUUGAGUGCCAGGGGCACACAGUGAAUCAGUUACAGAACCAUGGAACAGAGCUCAGGAGUUGUGAUUCCUAGCCCUCCAUUCCAAUACCCUAACUAUUACCAUAGUAUUUUGAAUCCUAAAAUUAGCUAGUUCUGAUCUUUUUUGACCAGUGGAACAAGAAGGAGGCUCCCUCCUCUUUAGCAAAAAGUGGGGUCUUCAGGGAGGGACAGUGGCAUGGCUGGUAAAUCCAUGUCUGCUUGGAUCCACAGGCAGAAGUCUCCCCUCUGUGGGAGUGGGAACACAGCAACCACUUGGAGAGAAUGGCCUUCUCAGUACUUAGCCUGUUGCUUUGCCUCUUUGUUGGAGAGGAUUUGAUCCUAUAAAAUUUUUGUGAUAUAUGCAGGGUUCAGUUUGGAAAGUAAAUGACAUCUACAGUUAUGAAAAUAUGUGAAAAACUUCUCAGAUAGCUUGUUAAUACAGCCUAAAUAUUAAAAAGUGACUCAUGAUCUUGGGUGCCUGAAUUUGGAGUGCUCAGCUAAAGGCACCUUAAAGGGGACUGAUUUUCAGAAGGCAGGUGCUCAGCACUUUCUGAAAAUCAGGGCCCCUUUAAGGUGUCUCAAGUUGGAUAUGAAAAAUUCAAGCACCAAAAUCAUUAAUCACUUCUGAAAAUUAAGGCCAUAAGCAACACACACAGCCAGGUGUAUACUAGUACAGAUAUGCACACACCUGUGUUAUUCCAGUGCAGCCUUAUGUCAUUAACCGCCUAAGAAGUGAUUGGUAUCCAACUACUGUGCAACUUAAAAUGUUAAUGCUUUUUUUAAAAAAAGUUCAUUUAAGAAAUAAGAAACAAUUACUUUUUAAAAAGUGCAUACAUGAAAUAAUUGGACUGGAAAUGUCAUUCUAACCUUAAUCAGUUUUGUUUUUUUAAUUAAGCACUUUUAACAUCCUGUCCUAACAUUGAUUUUAACAAAGUGGACAAUGGCCUCUAAAACUUGCUGUAUUGACCUAAAGAGCUUAAAAACUGCUCUUUUAAAUGUACUGUCUGGUACCUAAAGUCUCUAGGUAACUCUCAGAAUUUCGCAUUUUCAAGUUUCAGCUGUCAACCACCAGCUGAAAUUGACAAGGGACAUUUCCCAUUCUCCUCUGCUGGUUGCCAAAUAUUCAAUACAUGUUAAAAUAUAAAAAUCCUAUAGGGGGAACUAUCCCAAUUAAUACCAUUAGGAGGCAGAUUUGACUGGUGGAAAGACCAGAGAGUGGCAAUCUGAAAAUCUGGGUUCUGUUCCCCACUCUUCUACAGUUUUCUGUAUGAUUUUGGGCAAGUCAUUCAACCUCUCCAUGAUCUGUUUCUCUUAUGUAAAGUGGGAAUAAUACCCACUUUUUAUAAUGGUUUUGAUAUCCUUGUAUAGAAGGUGCUCUCUACAGUAACUGCAUUAUAAUCUAUAAUAAGAACACAUACAGAAUGUAUAUCAUUUCAAUAUGACUUGAUUGAUUAUUAAAGUUAAUAUAUUUAAUUGGCUGACAAACUUGAAACCAUCAUAUAUCUAGUAUUACUGCACAAGUCAGAACUAAUAGACAAUUUUUCUUCCAUGAAAUUAUAUUCUGAUCAAUUGGGGAAACAUGUUAAAGCAUAUUUCUUUAAUGAAAUGUUUCCCCCCAGUUUAUAAUACGGUAGCAUAGCCUUAGGGUGUCUGAUUCUCAGUUACUCCAUAGCAGAAAUGAGAUAAGGUGGCAAACGUGCCUUUAGGCCGCCUUUGAACUAUCUGUAUUUUCGGUAUUGCUGGGGCCCUGCUCCUAUGGGUCCUGAAAAGCAGAGAACAGCCAUAGUGCACUUUGGCUACUCACCCAGCACUACCCCUACUAGGUCUGGGAGGAGGGCCAGAGUAGAGCUGUUACGACAACUCUUCAUUGACUGAGUAGGCCCUAUAGGAAGGAGGGAUUUUCUGCUCUCUUUAAGGCCCCUUUGCAUUGCUACAUCUGUGUUGAAAGGGACUUGCGGUAAUUGAGAAUCCCUUGGAAUCCGCUGUCCUAAUAUAUGUAAUUUUUUUUUUAAAUCAACAAUUUCUCAGCUGACAGCUAACAACUGAAAAUGAUAAAAGUUUGCACACAGUUGCUGUUUUUUAUUUGACAGGGUGUUAACAGGCCAAGGGCUUUCAAAACUAACCUAAACUCUUUUGCUCAUUUUGAUUUUCCUAGCUCUGCAAUGGCAAAGUAUGCAAAACUUUUAAAAUCAAUCAGACAUCCACACUGCUCAGUGUCUUUUGAACUGCACCAGCUUUUAUCUUUCAUUUUCUAUUUUUAAAAAAUUGCCAGGGCUGGUUCAGUGGUAUAUUCUAGUAAUGCAGUGUGCUGUCGUGCUAGAAGGAAUGGCCUACAAGCUUAAGCUAAAGGGUUGAAAGCUCUGAACCACCUGGAACUACAGAGUUGGAAGUAGAGGGUUGAUUCAACCUUCUAUAUGAGGCAGUUUUAUUAAGUACUGCAUAGUUUAAUGUAUGUAGGGCUUUUGAAUACAGCCUUCAAAACUGAAGUCCUGGCUGCUUCUAGACAUUAGAGAUUACCUGGUGGUUGGUAAAAGUGGAGAUUUGCCUCAGUCUUCUGGCCAAAUUUCAGAUUUGACAAGACAGAGCCUCCAAGUAUGCCAGUUAACCUUUGCAGAGUCAAGAACUGAAACAUUGUUGGGCCUGGUAUGUGUCCAGCUGGUUAAAAAAUAAAUAAAGCUAGAGAUGGAACAUGAGAAACCCUCAGGGGAAAAUAAAUUAUAUCUAAACUUAGUCUCAAACCUAUUUUUUACAAGAACUGAAAGUUAAAAGCCUAUGCAGCUGCUAGUAAGUGCUAUUGAAAGCCUAGACUGGCAGGAUAAAAUGUAAAACUGAAAGGGGAAAGGCUUUUGCAUAGCAGCUGAAGAAAAAAAAAACUAGAAAAGUUUAAGGAAUUUUGUAAAAAUAGCCAUCUAUUAUUAAUAAUAUACAGCUAGUUGUACAUUUGUCAGUAUUUUCAUUGUAGAUGUCAUGUAAUAACAACAAACAAUUCAAGCUUGGCUAACAUAGCUUUUGUUUUUGACACAAACCCAGAAACUAUAUUGUUAUAUAAACAGGUGUACAUUUCUGGAUUCUUUAUUUGUAUAUAACAUGUCUUAUACCUUGAUAUACAGUGGUAACAUAAUCAUCAUGAUAGGCUAAAACUGGUCAAAUAAUUUAGAAUUAGCAGGGGGGCAGUCCUCAUAAUAAACCAUUCAACAACUAAAACUAGGAUUUUCAAAGGAGUGUAAGGGAAUCAAGUGUCCAGGUUCUGUAGAAAAUCACAGCCAAAAAGUCAUGGAGACCACUCCUGUAAGUUGUUGAGCACCUUUUGCAAAGUGCUGAGAAAACUCAACUCCAGUUUAAGCUAAUGGGAAUUGACUGUGUUUAUCACUUUGCAGGAUAGAACCCACCGAUUGCAAAUUAAAUUGGACCUAUGUAUUUGACUGUGUUGUUCUUUAUAUUUUGAAUUGCAAAAUGUUUGAGUGUUGCAACCUACAAUCCUAUGUACAUAGCUGUAAAAUCAAUCUGAAUUUCAAAACAAAAUUCACACUUCUAAAAUCAGUGUUAGCCUCAUGGAAUUUAACAUUGUGGUGUUUAGGAAAGCUUACAGGGUAGUUAAAAUUCCCAUAUUGAAUGCUUACAAAUUGUUUUGGUAGGGAAGAGAGAGGGAUUUCUUUGAAAACAAUCAUUCAUCAAAAUUUGCUGCCUGUAUUGCAUUUCAUACUAUAAUUUGAAUUUGCUUCUCAGAUAGUUUGCUUUGGCAAAUGCUACUACUUAAGUCUCUGCUUGUGUGCCUUUUGUUCUUUUAAACAAAGAAAAACAAAAAUCUAAGACUUGAGUAAUAUGACUUACUGUUUCUGCUAAUGUACUGUAUUAUUCAGUACAAUAUGCACUUUAUACAAUGAGAGUCUGUCUGACUAUCAGAGGUGCCAAGCAUCUGUCCUCCCACUGAAUUCAGCUGGAGUUGUAAUUACUCAUCACGUCUGAAUGUCAGGCCAGCCCUGAGUGUAGAUCUUUAUUAUAAAUGACUUCAAGCUACUAGCAAUGUUUUCUACAAAUUGUGUAUGUAAAUUAUUUCCAAUUACAAGGAUGCUGAGUUAAACUACCAAGCUUCCCAUUGUAAAAAAACAUAAUUAAGGUUAAGAUUCUGUCAUUUGUAUUUUCAGUAAACAAAAAUUCAUGGAAGCCCACAACCUGUCCCUGACUUCUACUAAAAAUACCCUGUGGAGGGAAGAGGGGGAAAUAGAGUGCUGCCGGGGCUUGCAGCUGCUCUAGCCCUGCCACUUCUCCUUCGGCAGGUGCUGACUGCUGCUGCUCUGGUCCAAGGGGGGAUGACCCAACCCCAGCCAUUGUUCCAGCGUCCAGGGGCUGUCCACUGAUCGGCUGUUCCGGUGACCUCGGGGCUGGCCAAUAGGCAACUGUUCCAGUGGCUGCUGCUCCAGCAGCCCCAGAGCUGACAGCUGCUCCAUCUCUGCCCCAGAAGAAGUCAUGGAGGUUCUAGAAAGUCACAGAAUCUGUGAGCUCCAUGACAGAAUCAUAGCCUUAAUUAUAAUUUCUAUAUUAGUCUUUAUUAUAGCCUUAAAGGUCCUGUACAGUAUUAGAAGAAAAUGAAAUGCAGUAAUACUUGGGAAAAUGAUCUGCAAAAAUGCCACUGUGAGGUUCCAAGUUUAGAUAUAAAUUGUGUCUUUAAGGCACACUGCCGGGAUCUGAGAGGCAAGCACAGUGCUCCUGGGAUUGCACUUUGAAAGGGUACAGCAUGCUUCCCACCCACUUUCCCUGUCCUCCAGGUACAGGUCAGAAUAGUGGGGUAUUAACACAAUCUGUGACAGCUCUUGUGUUCUGCAAGUAUAAGGAUGGAUUGUGUAUAGCCCUGGUGCAGGGAUGCCAGGAAGAGUGGAGGGCUCUGGGGGUAUCCACAUAAGGCUGAGCACAAUCUAAUCCUAAAACAUAUUGUCUCUCAGUGGCUCCAGAUUACAUCUGCUCCCUUUCAGUCCAACUGCGUACCCCUUACGAUGCAAAACACUUUCUCACUUGAGUAGUCUCAUUCAAGUAAUUGGGACUACUCAUGUAAGUGUUUUCCAGCGUGAGUAAGAACUAUUCAACUGGGCCUUUAUUUUUUGUCAGAAAAGUAAGCAGAUGAAAUGGAAUACACUCAGGAAGCACUUACAUUGAGCAAGGAAGUGCCACUUUUACAUAGUCAUUUUUUCUGAUCAUAACUGCUUUUCUUCCAUUUGUAAGACGCACUGAAUUGCCUUUAGGUAAAUCACUAGAAAUCUUCCUUUUUUGAGUAUUGAACUAAACACCAGUUUAUCAUGGAUGCUACUAAAUCCCAAAGUUUACCAUUGGUUUAUGGUAGAAAUACACUGAUGGCUUCCACUGAUAGAAAUUCUGCUAAGUGUUAGCAAAUGUUUAAAAAAACCUUAGUGUGAGUGCAGGCAGUGCACAGUAAUAAUGCUGCCAGAUUAUGCAAAGUUGAGGCUCUCAGUUUAAAGGUUACGUCAUAUAUAUUGCAAUGUCUAGAGGAGAGGGUAGAACUGAAGUUGUAUGGGCUUUCAACAUACGGUAGUUUUAUGUCUCCUCCCUUCCACAGCACUGAAGGAAUUUACACAUGCAAAACCUCAGUAUUUGCCCACUAAUAUGCAAGUCCAAUUUUGCCUAUUAGUUUACAUAGUUUGCACUGCUGGAUAAAUAAAAGCUAAAAGUAACUCUUAUUAAAUUAUCUGUAUAACACUGCUGACUAUGUGGGUUGAGUUGGCCCAGGAUGAAGUAGAACUGAGAGCAGUCUUGCUUUAAUUUGAUGUAUGAAGUGGCUUUUCUUUGAGGUGCUUCUAAGUGGAUAAAUAUUCACACACUACUAAUAGUUUCUAUCACUGCAUAUGAUAUAUGACAUACUCCUACUUGUAUAAUUUUUCCUUACACAUAUUCUGAUCAUCAGCUGGUUUUGAGCUAUCCAGUCCAAGAUCUGUACGUGAUGGGUACAUAGCACCUCUUGUUGCAUUGUGAAGGCAAACUUGUGACCAUUUUUGUAAAUUCACAGGGCAACUAAACUUGUUUACAUGUGGUAUCUUCAAAUUCAGUGUUUCCCAUCUCAUAGUACAAAUUUUGUAAGAGUGAAUUCUUCACAGACAGAUUGCCACAUAAUGCACUUAAAAAAAAAUCAAAUUACUGUGUAUUUAAAAUGUUCACAUAGUAACUGAAUGUCUGUUAGUUUACAUCUUGCAAGGAUGUUUCAAAUUCAUUUUUUAAAUUAAAUGUGGAAUAUGUGUCAGUGAGAAGAGAAUAAAGGCAUUGUCAUUAUCAGUAAAAUGUCUCAUAAUACUGUACAAAAUAAAAUGGAUCACAAAUUUACCACUGCACUAAAACAAAAAUACUUUUGCUUUGGUAUAUGUAAUAAUGUUUUGUGUAUAGCACAUAUUAUGUAAAAUGCUCUAUCCGUUUAAAAUAAAUAAUUUGAAAUUUAUAAUUUUACUAUAAAAAUUGUGAUUAUAAAGCAUUCCCUUUUCACUGUUUUAUGUUGUUGGUGGUCAAUGAUACUUUUGUUGUAUGCAAAUACACAGUGUUUGGAAAUCUCAAUAUGCAGUUAGCACUAUGUUGUUAUUAAAAGAAUGAGAGACUCAGGUUACUCAGAAAAUAAAUAAGAUACAACCAAUUCAAAUAAAGAUGGAAAUUUCAGUCACAGCGGGCAAGAUCCACAAAGGGGACUUAGGCUCAACAUAGCAAUGCCUCAUUUUAAGCAUCCUGCUGAAUCUUCAGUUCUGAGUUAGAUUUUCAGGAUCUCUUUUCAAUGCAUGAGGGGAGUUAGGCUCCUAACCAGGGGAUUCAAAGAAGCCGGCAAGCUGAGUGAGGAGCUGCCUAAGCUAGCCAGUAGGAGAGGGUUGGUGUCUAAGCCCUACCUCUCAAAGGGAGUUAGGGUCCUAAGUGUGCUGGAGGGAGGCACCUAUUUUCACUUGGGAUUCACAGCCAAGAACCCCUCUCGGAGUUGGGUGCCUGAGACAGGUCAGCCCUUUCUCACAAAAAAACAAUUGAGAGUUCCAUACACAGAGCAGCUGUAGGACUAGUCUUAAUGUCUAUGGAAGUAGACAAGAACUCACUCUUCUUCAUCACAUAUACAGCCUAUUUAUGUUGGUAAUUGGUGCCAAUGAGAAAAAAGAUAAAUAGAUGCUAGGAAAUAUCUGGGAUAUGCCUACAUCUUUUUUAUUUCAAUGUGGCACUACUGUUUCUUAAACUGCUUUACCUUACUAGACAUCUACUCAAGUUCUGUUUGUAUUACACAUACUAAUGAUGUUAAUUUCAGUUAAGGAAGAAUUGCACUAUAUUAUGGGAGAAUUGCACAAUAAUAUUCUCGUAAACCUAUACACAAUGGGGAGGCAUGUAAAUUAUUUUUUGUGUAAUAUUUAUCUCUUGGUGUACUCUUUGUGCCUAGCUAUCAGAGGAUAUUCUGCCGUUAACAAUUUCCAUGAUAUGUUAGUUUAUAUUCCAGGCCUUAAAUAUUAUUUGAUGUAGUGUUUGUGAAUAUGAAUUUACACAGAUGGAGAAAUCUUGUUUCUACACUAAUAAACAUUGUGAUAAUGCAGAACAGCAAAAUAAUAGAAACAAGAUGUAGUGAGCCAACUCCCUGUCCCACUGAAGCCAGUGAGAGUUUUGCAACAGACGUUAAUGAGAACAGAAUUUGGCCCAUGUAAAUUGCAUACAUUUUGCAUAAGUUUUAUGAAGUUAUACUAUAUUUUAAACAAAUAUUUUGGGAGGGUUAGUAUACUAGCUUUUUUAUCUUUUAAGGUCAGGUGAGGGUUCAAAUUUGCCUGAGACCCUUAAAAACUUUACCCCGGUUAUAUUGAAAAUAUAUUCCGUGCAGCUUUCCCCCCAACCAUGAGCAUCCAACUUUAUUGUCUCCCUAGCUUUUACUGGAUCACAUUCUAACUCCUUGCAGUUUUGCCCCUACCUGUGUCUCCUCUUUCCUUCUAAUCUUCCCUCUGUACUUUUCCCAAUCUAUACUAUUGCAAUAUUUCUCAUAGCAUAUUGUUUUCUGUCACAUGGUUCUUCAAUAUCUAUCCACCUAGGGUAUGUUAAGAUACUCUUAGUAUGCACAGUGAUUACUUUAAAACUGUAAUAAUUACAAAAUGCAAAUUUAGAUUUAUCCUCUAUCUGAAAUGCCUUUCCCUCAACACUGAGCAAACACUUAUUUCAGAUAUGUCAUGUGUAUGUAGAUACAAUUAAAUAUUUGAGGCAUCAACUGCAGGGCUUCUUGUAAUGCAAAAGAACAACCUGUAAUUAAUUGUGAUGUAUAUCAUCAAUAUACAUUUUAAUCAGCAUUAAUAACUCUGACAUUGCAUUGUUAAAUUUAUUCGGAGAAGAAAAUAUUGCAAAUGACAGACUAAAUAAAUGAUAGUAUUUACAUUACUCUAGUUUGCUUAAGAAUGUCAGUUUCACUUUGCAGUUUCACUUUGUAAUAUAAAAAUUUGCAUUGAAGGGGGGGAUGUAAAUUAGGGUGCUUUUAGAAAUACAUAGUGUCAUAAUGCUGUCUGUAUGACUCUCCUCUUCCCCUUUUCCUAUGCUACUGCCCCAUGAACAGCUCAUUAUUUAGUGCUCACAUUAAACCAGAAUGGACUUUA